AUGUCACUGCUUCACCUUCAGCUGCUAGUGCUCCUGUGUCUUGGAGCCACAGAGCCACAGUCAGAUUUACAGCAGAGGAAAAGAAGGCCACUUCAGCGCCUUUUCUAUUUGGACAGAAAUCUACUUGAAAGCCAGAGUUUUCAUGAGUUGGUGGGGGAAAACCCAGUAGGUGUAAAGGAAACCCAGGAAGAGCCAAGUUUUUUUAUAGCAUUUCCACAGACAGCGGGAGACAGUCAAAAGCAAGGGGAGAAAAAAAUGUCCAGAUUCAUCCUUCCUAAUGCAGAACUCUAUGCACACCAAGAUCUGAGAACCUGGGCAGCACCCAGAGAGAUCUCUCCUGUGGAAAAUUUCUCUCCAUCCUACUACUCCAGUAAGAGGGAGGUUGAACCUCCCUAUAGGAAAGAUGCCAAAAAAUUCUGGGACCAUUUCAUGUUAAAGAAGAAUUCAGCUUCUGAAGAGGUUGUUCUGCCAAUCAAGACCAAUGAAAUGCACCAAGAAACCUGCAGAACUCUGCCUUUUUCCCAGCGUAUUGCUCAUGAGAACUGUGAGAAGGUGAUCAUCCAGAAUAAUCUAUGUUUUGGCAAGUGUAGUUCCUUUCAUGUACCUGGUCCAGAGGAUCGCCUUUACACCUUUUGUUCUAAAUGCCUGCCCACCAAGUUUUCCAUGAAGCACUUGGAUCUCAACUGUACCAGUUCUGUCCCAGUGGUUAAAAAAGUCAUGAUUGUGGAAGAGUGUAACUGUGAGACUCAGAAGAUAGAAGAUCCUCUGCCUGGAUCUCUACAGUCAGAUUUUCUUGGAAACGUACCAGAGCACAAUUAACCCAUUCAAGGUAACUCUGAAAUCCCAGAUUAUAAGGAUUUGCCAAGAAAAGAAAAGAAAAAAAUAAUCAGUGAGACAAAACUUUCAUCAUACACCAUAAUAUGAAAGACAUAGACUUUCUGUUUAAACCGCAUCUCUGCUUCAACAACUUUACUUAAAAUUUAACAAAUAUUUCCUUGCUCAAGAUUAUGUGGUUUAUGGGUACAGCCUUAUUUUAGCAAGAUAAAUCUUAAAAUGUUUUCCAUCCUUCCUAUACCUAACAUCUUAGCACACUAGGAGACAAGAGCUGAAGAACUAAUGUGAUUUAUUUCUGCAAAAACUAAAGUACUAGAUAGUUUAUGCUGCGUUUACUUCCUGAGAACGCCAGUAUUGUUCUAUCGGUAACACAGAGGAGGCUUUAGACUCUUCAUUGCAAAAACAGAUUUGCUUUUAUAUCAUGAGAGUGACUGGAGAAUUUAAAAUAUAAAUGGACAGAACGCAGAAAGAAAGCUGUGACGAAUUCCUCUGAUUGUUCCCAGCUGGAGUUCACUUUCCAGUAAAAUCAACAUACCUGACAGCUUACACACUUAAGAUAAUGUUUGCAAAUGGUGUUUUGCCAUAAAAACUAUUUACUCUCCUUUUAUAAAUCUGCAGUUGUUCUGCAUUUAUUGUUAUUGAAAGUUUAACAUAGUAGAAGGAGGAAAAAAAGCAGGUCUACUUCCAUAUUAAACACAGAAUUUAAUGGAUAGUUAUUACUGUUGUUUGAGUUCACUUUAGAAAGGCGACAAACAUUUUCUGUCUGAUGAAUUUCAAGGUUGUCAGUGACAGCAAGAUAAGUUUAAGUCAUGUUCUCAACAGUUAAACUAAAGAAGAUGCGUAUCUGUGAUAGAAAAACAGCAAAAUAAUUUUAGAAAGCUUUUUACUGGGAAAGGUCUGAUUCCAGUCCUUGCCAGCACAGCACCAGAGGCUGUUAGCUGACUGCUUGCUUUCCAGUUGCUUCUCUCUGGGUUUGCCUUGCAGCCCUAACAUAUCAGACAUGGAUCACCUUUCAGAAACCAGACUUUAUCCUGUGUAUAAUCCAGGUCCUGUAAUCUGCUGGGAAUAUUAUUCAAGUGCUAUUGCCAAACUAUCAGACUUUUGUUCCUGUUAUGGAACUAUCUGCACCUUUUUCUUUGGGUAUUGGAAAUAAGUAUUGAUACAGCUGGUCAAUUCAAGGUAAAUGAUCCCUUUGUAAAUGGACUGCACAAUGAUCAGAAGUGUCAUAAUAACCUGUCAAAAACAUAUGUUCACCAUAAUGGCUUCAUAAUGCAAGGCCCAUGUUUAAUUUUUAUAGAAAAGAGCAUCUGUCUGAGUGACAACCUGGUACAGAGUCUGGACUGCUGCAAUAGCUGCUUGCACACUACUUGCAGACAGUGAACUGAACAAUAGUAUGCAGAUAUUUUUAAAUAUAAAGAAAAUUGUUUUUAAAUAAUAAAAAUUGCAAUAUUAAAACUGAGAAAAGCUUUCUGUCUGUCCUUUUGCACUGAGGACUAACAAGUGAAACUUCUAUGUCUCUUUGUAUGUUAUGGUAUGAUAUAUAAUGUCA